CGUCUUUCCUUCCCUCUCCCUUUCCUUUGGCUCUACCAAAUCCACCGACUCGCGAGGAACGCGAAUUAUAGCGGCCCGCUACAGUGUCUCACCACCACCUCUGGAACUUUUUUUUCCUCAUCCUCACCUACCUCACCUACCUAUCGUAGUGGUUUCCCCCUCUCCUUGUUUACCUCGUCAUUCUGUCUCUGUAUCUUGAAGAAAAAGGAGAGACGAGACAUUCGACACGCGACAAAAGCCCACAUCGCUUUCUUUCUCUCCUUAGUUUUGGCCUUCAAAACCAGCCUUCUCGGGGGCCACUUGUGA